AUGGAAGCUGGUCGCGGAUACGGGGCAGCCAGGCAGCCAAAACGGCUCCUCACCGCGCUCUCCGUUGCAGCGGCGCUCCUGGCGGCUCUUGGCGGCGCGCCGCUCGUCGCCCAGGCGGAUGUCGAGACGCCAAAACCGACGGCGUACGUUCGUCGCACCUACCAUGUGAAGGUGCCCUUCUUCACGCAGUACUGGUGGGUUGGCUUCAUCAUUAUGAUCCUUGUCUUCCUGGUGAUCGUCAUGGCGCUCUACGCCGCGGUGCAGCACCACUUCAAGCAUUCGGAGCAGCUCCGUCGCAGGAAAGAAAUCGAGAUGAGUCGAAUGCGCAUCGAGAGCGGCAGCGGUGAUGGCGAGGCAAGGAGCCAGGGUGCGGACCAGUACAGCCGAAGCGGGCAGUCGUCGUGCAGCAACCCGCUGCGCACUCCGCGCUGA